UGCUCUACGUCGCCUCUUUGUCUAAUGGUGUUUUAAGCAUUUUUCUCAUUUCAAUCCUCAAUUUUUUUGAACCUUUCUCGUAUGAUUAAGACAUAUAUAUAUUUCUUUUUAAUCAUAAAAUCAUGCAUCAUCCAUUAUUAGUUAUCAUCAUCUUAUCGAUAAACAAAUAAUUUAACCUUUCUCUCUCUUGUAUUUGUUUUCAUUGAGAUGAACAAAGCUUAAGGUUUUUUUUUUUUAACAAAAGUCAAAGAAAACCCAGAAAUAUAUAUAAUUUUUGUAGAAAAAGAAGCAAAAAUUUCAUAUAUUUCUAGUUUGUGAGUUGUAAUUUUUUUAAUAAAAAUAUUCAAAAAAGUUCCAAAACACCUUUGGGUCAUUUUUCAAAUGGAUUCCGAUUUCUGGACGUCUCGUCUCGCCGCCGCUAAACGCCAGUAUAAUUUGCAGCACCGCCAUCAAACCUCUCAUCUGGAUCGUUUGACCAUCGAUGAUUUUGAGGUUGACGACGAGGUCCGACCCGAUUUCCCAUGCCCGUAUUGUUACGAGGAUUUCGAUAUCGCGUCUCUGUGUUCCCAUCUCGAAGAUGAUCAUCCCUGUGAAUCCAAAGUUACGAUUUGUCCGGUUUGCUAUGUCAAAGUUUCGAGAGACAUGCUAAGUCAUAUCACGCUGCAACACGGAAAUUUAUUCAAGUUGCAGAGACGUUGCAGGUUACGUAGAGUUGCAAUUCCGAACAGUCAGGCACUCUCUCUCCUCGGCCGGGAUCUCCGAGAAGCACAUCUGCAAGUACUUCUGGGUGGUGGUGCGUAUAGAUCAAGCGGUGUUAACGUGUCCAAUGCCAAUGCCGCUACCGAUUCGUUCCUUUCUUCACUCAUUAUGAAUUUCCCGGCAUCAGAAGCUGAAGAAAUUACGAAAUCCGUUGUAACUAGUUUCGAAGAUACCACCACAAAGAAUAUGGCACCAGCACACAUGUGGAAAUCAAGUUUGGAUCCGUCAUUGAGCUACGAAGAACGCGAAAAAAGGAUUCAGCAAGCCACGGGGAGAGCCGGAUUCGUUCAAGAUUUGCUGUUGACAACUCUUUUAAACGACUAACGAAAAUUAGUAAGUUGAACCGAUAAAAACUAAUUAAUGUAGUUAUCGGAAUCUUGUUAUGAGGCAUUUCCGGGUAUGAUAAGAAACGAGAGAUCAUAUCGUUUUGAUCGAAACCCAACGAUGCAUUUAAUCGGAAUGUUGAAGCUUCAUGAUAAGAUUUUGUCAUCCUUUUUUUUUCUUAUAGCCCCAUUUUCAACCAGAAGUUGUACUAUAUAUUCUGGAAUAGUUUAUGGCUUAACUUCAAUGUACGACUUAUUUUACUAUUUUAUUACAUUGAAAUAUUAAAGCUUUUUUAAGACGAGAAGCAAAGCGACCGCUUUGUCUUGUCUUCGAUUAAAA